UACGACUCUGGUCGGGGCUGCCAUAGCCGAUGCUUGCGCGGAGCAACCCGAAUGAUCACCAUCGCUCUAGCAUUCUGGGGCCUGGUGUCCCUUGGAAUGCAACCGUCUCACAGUCUCAAACCGCGCCCACCCGCGCCCGACGUCUACCGGCCCGAAACGCUGGAAGCCGAUCUUAACCUGUGUGACUGCGGGCGCAGCAUCGACGAGGCCAUGAGACGUAAAUGUGUCUACGACUCUUUGGCAACCGCCUGGCUGCCUCCACAUUGCCGUGAUGACGCACUAACUGUGGAGUUUGACCGAUCGGGGCCCAGUCCGGAUGGCUCCUGGCCUUACUAUGCGGAUGCCAAUGGCACCAUUCCGAUAAAUAAGGCACAGAUUGCCCUUCUCGGGGACGGCGAGCGAAGCUUUUGGAGCUUGCGUGACUGGCAUAUUGCUCACUGCUUGUUCUACUGGGAGAAGUUUAUCCGGAUGCGGGAGACAGGUGUGGUCAUGGAACGACGGUUCGACACGGUCAACCAUGCGCGGCACUGCAGGCGGUUAAUCCUGAAUCCAUUAUCAUUUCAUAAACAGCUGGUCGAGGUACCCGUAAUGAUGAGUUCCGGGCUGGAGGAGAUGGGUCAGGGAGAGCAUGAGCAUACAAGGCAUCAUCCCGUAGAGAGUGGGCAAACAUAG